AGGGGGACCCCGAGAGCAAGUCCUUGUUAGGGCUGCUCAGGUCCUGAGAUGUAGAUCAGCUGGGUCAUCUUGGUGAGGACAAUGGGACACUGCCACGCCACCAGCAAUCCAUCACCUGUCAGACAGUGAGGACACGGCGUGCAGUGCAUCCUCAGGCUGUUUGCACGAAGGACUAAAGGGGAUCAUGAUCAUCAACCGCUGAGGCAGAGACCAGAUUACCAGUGAGGGAGAGAGAGAAAGAACAACAUCCAAAACACAACAAACAAAAAAAAGGAACAGGAGCUAGUCGUGUGGACCCCACGCUACAAGACGGAGGGGGUGUUACACUUAAUCUCUUCUCUCACUCUCUCUCUCUAACCUCUCUCUCUCUCUCUCUGCCUCUCCCUCUCUUUUUCUCUCCCUCCUUUUCUCUCUAUCUGCGUGCUUUCCCCCCACUCUCAUGCUACUGCUCUGGUGAGCAGUUCGGUGCUCUCCGCUCGGCUGAAUGGAGGCGCAGGGAGGGGCAGGAAGCCCAGAGUCCAACAAAGACAUCCAGAAGCUGCUGAAGCCCUCCAGCUCAGGGGACCUGUCCAAAGAGCCAUCCCAGCAUCCCUCGGGGGUCGAGGAGGGAGGCCUCCUCGGACACAACUCAAGCCUUCUGCAUGUCACCGAGAGAAGACAGCCGCUCAGCAGCGUGUCCUCACUGGAGGUGCACUUUGACCUCCUGGACCUGACCGAGCUCACAGACAUGUCUGACCAGGAGCUCGCCGAGGUGUUCGCCGACUCGGACGAGGAAAAUCACAACGAGUCUCCAGCAAGUCACCACCACCCCAAUUUCCACCGGGGGGGCUACAUGCGUUCUCCCUCCUGGACCCGCUGCAGCAAGGGGGAGCAGGCGCGCGACAAGAAGCACCACAGCGACUCGGACAGCACCGAGCCCUACCUGAAGAUGGAGCGACCCAAGCAUCCCUGAGGGGCCCAGGCAGACCCGGAACAGAGGGCCCGGGCUGGAGAGCCAGAACUGCAGAACUCAAGAGCAGAUGUUGUUUCUGGAGAGGGGGGGGGGGAAGAAAAAAUGAAACAGAUGAAACUUCAAUGGUGCUAAAGACACAAGACUGCUUAUCUUGCUGUGCACUGUAAUGUAGAAUCUAUUAACAAAAGGAAUUAAGUGUGGGUGAACCAUAACACCAUUCAUAGAGAAAUCCACGUGCAUUCAUCACUGAAACAGUAUACUUACCGCAUCUCACCACGCGAUCACAUUUUCAUAUUUAUUUUGCUUUUUUGGGAGCGAGAAUUCCAGAGGAGUUGCUCAAGCAGUCUGGGGAAGUUCGGAAGACCAAUGUCAAAGGGAGAAAGGUUACAGAUAAUGACCAUGCAUUCCGCAUUUUGGGCACUCUGGGUCAUCCAACUUACCCUGAACGCCCUUUAUUGGGCCUUGCCAGACAAGCUGAAACGUGCCAUGCCAACUGACAGGACGUAUAUUUUUAAACCAUAUGGUUCUUAUGUAAUAUGAUGCCUUUAAAAGUAGCAGGGCCAUCUUCAAAUUCUAUGUGCCGAUUAUAAAAAGACCACCGUGCACUCUGCUGCAUUCCUUCCCAUAAGCGUUUGUCAGGUAAAGUCACAUAAUGGAAUUGUCUGGCCAAAGUAAACAGACAUAUAUAUACUGCUUUUGGGGAUCCAUACAUGAGAUGCAUUUAAUUUUUUGGACCUCACGUGUAAAAAUUUGCAGAAGAGUUUUAAAAGAAUAAAUCAAAUAAAAUUC